AUGAAGACAGCAUUAUGUACAAUUGCAUGUAUGGUAUUCUUUUAAAAGAAAUACUUAAUAAGAAUUAAUACUGUUAAAUAAUUUAUCAAUAUAUUAAAGAGUUUUGUAACAUAAUCUAAAAGACUAAUUCAUUUCCAAUUUUUUUUGUUUUAACCAACACCAAAUUUAAUAUCUAGAAAAAAAAGUGUAAUAAUAAAACAAUACUUCCUGAAGUUCAAGUUAAUCAUUAGUUAUUAAAUGCAAUAAUUCAUAAUCUAUUUAAAGAAAAUAAAAAUAAAAGUUAACUUCAAUUUCUAGUAGAUGUAAAUUUAAUUACCUAAAACAUUAUUUCAGAUUCGAUUGGCCUCUCAAAUCCUCCAUAGAGUAAUCUCUUUCCAAAUAGUGGAGAAUCGAUACAUUUAUUUGAUUAGGAUAUUAAAAAAAUUGAAUUAUUUACAAAAAAAAAAUAUGUAAAAAAUUAAAUUUGCAUAAAGAAAUACGUGCAUUUACUUUCAAGAAAAAAUUAGAAGAUACCAAUUUGGUUAAAUAUGGAUAUUAGUAGAUAAUUAAUCACUAUCUAUGGAAAAAUUCCUAAAUCUAAUCAUUAUGAAGAAAUAAAAAUUUGCUUUAAAAAUAAUAAUAAUUGUAUAAUUAGAGAGCAUUCAUUUUAGAUAAAAUAAAAUAAAGAAUAAAAUCUUUAAUAGUAGGAUGAAAAAUUUGAUGAAACUUAAAUUUAAAAUGAAAUGUAAUUUAUUCAUAAAGGAGAGAGUCAAUAAUUAAAAUACUCUAGUUUCAAAGAUAAACAAAAAUCUUAAAGUACACAAUUUUAAAAAUAAAAAAAUAAAAAUAAUUUUAAAAAUUCUAAUUUGCUAAACUAACAGAAUUCAAUCUAAAUUUUUUCUCAAGAAAAACUUAUUGAUACAGAUUCAAUGA